GGGGAGGGAGCCCGGCGUUUGACGUCACGAAGCAGGCAGGCGGGAGCGUCUCCUGGUGACGCCGACCGGGUUUGUUGCCGAUCUCGAGUGGAGGGUGAGGAUCGCGCCUGGCCGAGUGAUGGGGAGUAAUACCACGCUGAAAGAAUGGGUCGCAGGCAUUUCACUGGCAGUUGGAGCUGCUGCUGUUGGUUAUGUGGCCUACAGAACUUUAUAUGCAAAAGACAAAGGCUGCAAGUCGUUGGUGAACCUAGACAUCCAGAAGGAUACGCCUAAAGUAGUUCAUGCUUUUGAUAUUGAAGAUCUGGGAGACAAAGCUGUGUAUUGUAGAUGCUGGCGAUCUAAACAAUUCCCAAUGUGUGAUGGUUCUCACACUAAACACAACGAAGAAACAGGAGACAAUGUAGGACCAUUGAUAAUCAAAAAAAGAGAAGCCUGAUUCAAGGAUGAUUUAAAAAUUUGUAAAACUGUGUUUUAAUGCACACAUUUUUGCUGCACACCGCCCCUGUUGGUCUAAAAUGAAAUAGAUGUAUACUGUGUGGUACAGGCUUUAAUUUUCAGCACUGUAUGACUUUGGAAACACUAAUGUUGGGUAACGUCAUUGGAGGUGUUCUUUUAAAUGUCACUGUUUGUUAAUUACUAUCUGUGUAUAUAAAGUAACAUAUUGAAGUGAUGCAAUGUGAAAUAAAUUUCUUCAGAUUGUAGUUUUAAAAAAAACUAUUUUGAUCAAUUUACCAAGAUCAAAUGAAUAAAAGAUUAGAAGUUGUUUGAAAUCUGA